CCCUUGUUAGCCUCUCCGCAGAACCAAAACUCUUAGACAAGGUAAAUCGAAGUGACUCAAAACCCUAAUCAGUACCAGAUUUAUGGUUCUUCCUGUUUCCGUUUUGCGUUUCAUCUGCUCCCUUUCAGCCGGCGGCUGUUUUUGUUCUCACUAAUGGAUGGUGUUUCUUUCUUGUUUUACUUUGCAGAUGAAUCGGGAGAAGCUCAUGAAGAUGGCCGGUUCUGUCCGCACAGGCGGAAAGGGAACCGUGCGCAGAAAGAAGAAGUCAGUGACGACAAGAAGCUUCAGAGCACUCUAAAGAGGAUAGGUGUCAACACCAUACCGGCUAUUGAGGAAGUCAACAUUUUCAAGGAUGAUUUGGUCAUUCAGUUUGUUAACCCUAAGGUGCAAGCUUCCAUCGUUGCCAACACUUGGGUCAUUACUGGUUCUCCUCAAACCAGAAAACUUCAAGAUAUUCUUCCAGGGAUUAUCAACCAGCUUGGCCCAGAUAACUUGGACAACUUGAAGAAGUUGGCUGAGCAAUUCCAAAAGGAGGCCCCCACUGGUGCCACUGGAGUAGUUCAGGAAGAUGAUGAUGAUGUCCCAGAACUUGUAGCCGGAGAGACAUUCGAAGCUGCGGCAGCGGAAGAAACCCGUACUUAAGGCUGGAAGCUCUGAGGGUCUUUUUUGUUUUGCUUUUCUUCAGAUUUGCUCUUAUUCUCUCUCCGUGGUUGUUACCUCCCUCCUUUUUCCUUCCUGAUGAACUUGACAAUUCUGUAGUAGUUUUUUUGCUUUGUCAACGUUCCUUGUGAGCAGCUCAGAAACAAGUAUUACUAUGGAAUCGAGUAUAACAGUUUUAGGGUGUCAUUUAGUUGAUGGUUCUAGGUUGCUUCCAACCGCUAUGAUCGGAUGGUUCUGUUCAUGGUCUCUUAGAUUAGUGUAUUCUGUGCAUUUGUUGUGCAAGUUCCGGCUGCAGCUAAUAUUUUCAGGUCCCAAAUUGUUCAUGUCAGGAUCUGUGCAUUGAUCGUAGUAUGGCCGACUGCCUCGAAUGAGCUUGGACGGGACUCGUUAG